CGGAAGUUGUCUGCAUCCUUAUCAGUAAACAUAUGGGUAAGUCGCGGCUAAAAACAAGUUGAAUUUGAUCAAUUUCCCCCCCAAUACAAGAGAGUAGACCCUCUCUGAGCAGGAAUUGGUCAAGGUCUAUUUCAUGCUGAGACUCACUAGAGAGGAGGGUUUGGGAAUACUGGCCUCCAUGUUAACACAGACCUGCCCCAGCUGCUAUGUCCUCCACCUCCAUGUCAGCAUCCACUGGUUGUGGUGGUGAUGCUGCAGCUGCCAUGGCAACCCAGGCAUCCGAGCAGGCUCUGCUGGUCUCAGACCGCUACGCCAGACUCAUCCUGGCCCAGAUGAACAAGAUGCGGCUCUGCACAGAUUUCUGUGAUGUGGGGCUGAAGGUUGGCUGCCGGGUCUUCAGAGUGCACCGACUGGUGCUCGCUGCUAGCAGCCCUUACUUCUCCGCUCUGUUCUCUGGAGGGAUGAGGGAGGCGGAUAAAGAGGAGGUGCAGAUCCUUGGAGUGGAGACUGAAGUCUUUGAGGUUUUGCUGGACUUCAUUUACACAGGCGUGAUUAGUGUGACGGUGGAGAAUGUCCAGGAGCUGAUGGUGGCAGCAGACAUGCUGCAGCUGAACGAGGUGGUGUCUAUCUGUGGAGAGUUCCUCAAGGGCCACAUGGACCCGUCCAACUGUGUGGGCAUCUUUCAGUUCCUGGAGCAGAUUGCCUGCAUGGACAUGCUGGAGUUCACCGAGAACUACAUCCAUGUUCACUUUCUGGAGGUGUGUGUCACUGAUGAGUUCAGGGGCCUGUCAAAGGAUCAGCUGGUGAGACUGCUAAGGAGUGAAGAGCUGAGAAUUGAGGAUGAGUACCAGGUAUUCACUGCAGCCAUGGACUGGGUUCUUCAAGAUGUGGCAAAGAGGAAAAAACACGUAGUAGAGGUGUUGGAGCCGGUCCGCUUCCCUCUGCUCUCCCCCCAGAGACUGUUCAAGUACAUAGAGGGUAUUACAGACUUCAGCCUGCGGGUGGCACUGCAGACUCUGCUGAAGGAAUACACUGAAGUCACAAAGUCUCCCAAAGAGAAUAAGAUGUACAGUCAGCUACAACCAGCCAAGAUGAGACCCAGAAGGAAAGCCAGGAAAUACCUCUAUGCCUUAGGAGGCUACACUCGGCUGCAGGGCGGCCGCUGGAGUGACAGUCGGGCGUUGAGUUGUGUCGAGCGCUUCGACACCUUCAACCAGUACUGGACCACCGUGUCAUCCCUGCACCAGGCCCGCAGCGGACUGGGGGUUGCAGUGCUGGAGGGCAUGAUCUAUGUGGUGGGAGGGGAGAAAGACUCAAUGAUUUUUGACUGCACUGAGAGAUACGACCCAGUGACCAAGCAGUGGGCCGCUGUGGCGUCUUUGAACUUUCCACGCUGUGGAGUUGGCGUCUGUCCCUGCCACGGAGCUCUGUAUGCACUUGGUGGCUGGAUUGGCUCUGAGAUUGGGAAGACCAUGGAGCGAUAUGACCCAGAGGAGAACAAGUGGGAGGUCAUCGGCAGCAUGGCGGUUCCUCGAUACUACUUUGGCUGCUGUGAGCUACAAGGGUUUAUUUAUGUGAUUGGAGGAAUCAGUGAUGAAGGAAUGGAGCUGCGUUCAGCCGAGGUAUAUGACCCUAUCUCCCGCCGAUGGAGCGCCCUGCCCGUCAUGGUCACACGUCGGGCCUAUGUGGGCGUCGCCUGCCUCAAUAACUGCAUUUACGCGGUGGGCGGCUGGAAUGAGGCACUGGGUGCACUGGAGACCGUGGAGAAGUACUGUCCAGAAGAGGAGAAAUGGGUUGAGGUGGCUUCAAUGUCCACUGCUCGUGCCGGCGUGUCAGUGUCAGCGGUUAACGGGCUGCUGUACGCCAUCGGUGGCAGGGCCGCCAGCAGAGACUUCUCCGCCCCGGUGACGGUGGACUCUGUGGAAAUCUAUGACCCUCACCUGGAUACCUGGACUGAAGUUGGCAACAUGAUCACCAGCCGCUGUGACGGCGGGCUGGCUGUGCUCUGAUGGCCAGAAAUAUUCAAAUUGUGAACAACUGUCAGCUUCUGUAUCCUUCUAAAAAUGGCAAAAACUGAAGAAAAGCUGCACCUUAAGAAACACAAAAGUGUGUUUCUGUCCCAAGUAGGCGUUCACGUGAUCAUAUACGUUAUUUAUAUGGAUUAGACAUGUUUUUACUUUUUGUUUUAUUGUCCAGAACAUUUGACAUUCAUUGAACAGAUGUUGGCGGAUCUAAAACUGGAAAACUGGCAACAUUGUUCAUACUGCUCCACGACUGGCCUGUGUCCCCAUUUUCAUUUCACUAAAUGCUUUUACAAGAAUAUCAGUGGAAACACUCUCUUGUGUAUUUGAAGACAAAGCAAUCCUUGUGAUAAGGAUUUUUUUUCACAGCAGAAUUCUAUUUUUGGAUGGAGCAGUUUUUCUUCCUCUGG